GGGACGCGGGGAGGCCGCCCCGCGGUGUUUUCGGCUCCCGGAGGUGCGCGCCCCGCCAUCAAGAUUUUGUCCAAGGGCAGGCCGGAGGAUCGCCCUGCGCUGAGCCGCCUGGUGGGCAGCCGGCGGCGGCUGAUCGCGGCCGGCGCGCUGGGGGUGGUCAUGGUGCUGCUGCUGGUCGUGCUGAUCCCGGUGCUGGUCAGCUCGGCCGGCACGUCGGCGCACUACGAGAUGCUGGGCACCUGCCGCAUGGUGUGCGACCCCUACGGCGGCGGCACCAAGGCGCCCAGCACGGCCGCCACGCCCGACCGCGGCCUCCUGCAGUCGCUGCCCACCUUCAUCCAGGGCCCCAAGGGCGAGGCCGGCCGGCCGGGCAAGGCCGGGCCUCGGGGGCCCCCCGGGGAGCCCGGCCCGCCGGGGCCCGUCGGCCCGCCGGGGGAGAAGGGCGAGCCGGGCCGCCAGGGCCUGCCGGGGCCGCCCGGCGCGCCGGGCCUCAACGCGGCCGGGGCCAUCAGCGCCGCCACCUACAGCACCGUGCCCAAGAUCGCCUUCUACGCCGGCCUCAAGCGGCAGCACGAGGGCUACGAGGUGCUCAAGUUCGACGACGUGGUCACCAACCUGGGCAACCACUACGACCCCACCACGGGCAAGUUCACCUGCUCCAUCCCGGGCAUCUACUUCUUCACCUACCACGUGCUCAUGCGCGGCGGCGACGGCACCAGCAUGUGGGCCGACCUCUGCAAGAACAACCAGGUCCGAGCAAGCGCAAUUGCUCAAGACGCGGAUCAAAACUACGAUUAUGCCAGUAAUAGCGUCGUUCUACACCUGGAGCCGGGAGAUGAAGUCUACAUAAAAUUAGAUGGAGGAAAAGCACAUGGAGGAAACAACAACAAAUACAGCACAUUUUCUGGAUUUAUAAUUUAUGCUGACUGAUUUCAAGAAUCAAAAACUAAAUUCACAUUCUUCUGAGCAUAAGUGAUGGAUUAACGUGGCAAAAGUCAAGAAAACAAGAAUCCCAGAGGAUACUGGCUGUAGACACCUCAUUAAUGGGGCAAAAUGCUAUCUGACUCACAUCUGUGCAACCCAGAGAAAGUGUGUUUAAAAAUAGAUCAAGUUAAGCAGAUGUGUGACCCACUAUCGCCAAAGCAAAAUACUCCUUGUUGUUAGUGUCCAUGUGAAUGAAGUCCUAUAUAGAUCACAACUUUUAUAAGGAAAAAAAAACCUUAAGGCACUGAAUUAUUUCUCAAGCAUAUAUGAUACUUUUGGUGUGCUAUGAUCUUGCUGCUUUUAUCCAUCCAUCAGCUUUGGUCCCUGUGACUUACCUGCUAACUAUGAUGCGUGUGGAGCCGACUCAUAGUAUGUGGUGAGGAAUGAUUUUACAAUAAAAGGAAGAUGUAACUGAAUUUUGCUUAA